CCAUUCGUAAACAACCGAGCAUAAAAUUCGCGAGUUCGCGACGCCUGUGUUUCUGAUGGUGUUUGGCGGUUGAAAAAGUUUUAUGUUUUAAGUGAUUUUAAAAUGUUUUAUUGAUUCGAAAGUGAAGUGAAUCGUAGUGGAAAUGGCUCCCCCGCACGUGCACAUGCUACUGAAUCAACUGCCGCGGUACUUCGACCCGGAAUUGACAAUUGAACGAAUCGAUUCGAUAUGCGCUGGGGAGGAGCAAGCUCCCGCCAGCAGCUCGUCGAGAUCCAGGUCGAGACGAGCGACCACGGCUUCUGAUGAUUCGGACGAUGGAAGUGAUUCCAGUGCCGAGGAUGGGGAUCAACGGGGUGGAGUGCUAGAUUUACGGGAUUGCGGCAUGAUUCGAAAAGCGGUGGAAGAUUCCAACACGCUGUUGGAGUUGCUCAGCGAUAUAUGCAUGGAAACGAGGAAGCUGCGUCUCAAGGCCGGCGUGUUUGACCAGUACGACAACUGGCAGUAUCUGUCCAAGAAGAUGGACGUUGGACAAUUUCUAGCGUUUAUCUACGGGUUGGUUUGUCUGGCUGAGUAUGACCCGACCGAAGCCAUCAAUCGGCGUCUGGCCACGGCAGCCGUGAAGGCCUAUCUGGUGUUGUUGGGUACACCGGGACAGAAACAGACGGCCGUUUUUAAUGAGUCGGUGCUGCUCAAGUGCUUGGACAUCUUCAAACUGGCCGAUCUACUGUUGGACCCGAUCUUCGAGGACUAUCUGAAAGUGGAGCGGUUCGAUUUCGUUACAAGGUUGCUGAUGGAGUAUGUCCAAAUAAUGGACGAGAUUCAACUGCUGUUGAAGUGCAUGACUUUGAAGAGUUGCGACAGUAUUAAGGCGCAGUUGAUCAACGGAUUAAAAACGGCACUCAACUACGCGAUGAAACAUGCCAAGAAUCGAAGUGUAGCGGAAAACGUCGCUGAAAAGGUCUUCGAAACGUUGGAAGCAAUCUGCCUGCCUGAGCACGAUGACCACAACGAUUGUGCCAAAACUAUUCAGCUGGUUCUGAAUCGCACGGCCAUGUUCUACAAGUUGGAGUACAAGAACUACCCUGCAUGUUUUCAAAUGUACAACUUUUUCCUGAAGAUGUUGGAUCAGUACCCGAAGGAUACUCCCGAGGUGUUAACUGUGUUUGUCAAAUCUGUACUUACCAAUCCUCCAAAGGUGUUCUCCCGAGCCGAAGACUACGCGUACCUGAGCGAUAUCGCCGUGAAAUAUGAAACGGCCAUGUACAGCAAGUGCAACGUGUCCAUCGUUCCCUAUCUCAAAGAUAUCGAAGGCCAUACUGAAGCAACCACUCGAGUGAAUAUUGUGGACUUUUUAGGAAAGUUGGCUGUUACGGAUUGCACCGUAGAUUGGGAAGUGUUCAAAGCGGAAAUAUCCGACGUUCCACGAGAGGUUCAAAUGAUCGAAAUCCUCUACAACAAACUGAUCGACAAGACGUCCACCGUAAAGCUGAAAGCCUUCCAAUGUCUGCUGAAAAUACUUCAAAACGGCAACAAAGUGAUGAAGCAAAUAAUAAAGGAUACUUUCUUCUGCGCCACUGCCGACGAAGACGAGAAAAGCUACCUGCAGAUGAACGACGUCGAGGAACUCUAUCGAACGGCGGAACUCGAACUUGGCAUUUCCCGAAACGCUUUCAAUUUCAAUCUAAGUUCAAAUCAAUCUAGCCCUUGUAAACCCCCAGAUGAUUCGAAUCCCGCAGAAUCGCAAUCCGCAAAGUUCGUAUCCAGCGUCAAAGGUAUCGAAAAGAUCGAAACCAUGCUCCGUUCCCUGAUGGACGUAAUCUACGAAGCCACCCUCUCGCCCACCUCCUCCAUCCGCCGGAUAGCACUAUCCUGUUUGGAGUGCAUCGUCGAGCUAAACCGCAACCGGAUUGACGAUCCGGUGUUCGAGUACGUCGUCGUCAAACUGGCCAAGGACCCCGUCAUGCUGAUGCGACGCACUACCCUGAACGUCCUCAAUCAGCUCCUCUCCAGAUACCCUAGCCACCUCCCACUGAUUCGGAUAUGGUCUCGCUGUUUGCUGCUGUUCCUAGACGACCCCGACCAGAAGCUGAAAGAAUCGGCACUGGAAAGCCUCAAAUGCAACGUGUUCGACAACAUCUGCCGGUUCGAGGAUUCCUCGUCCAGUCGGAUCUUUACGCCGUGGAUGAUUGUCCGAUCGAUUUUGGUGCUCGGCAAGAUCAACGUGCUGAAAGCAGCGGUGGACUCGUGGAUCCAAAAGUCGAUUUUGACGCAAAAGAAUCUGAUGAUCAUAGAGUCGCACAUUUUUACGGUCAACUGCAGCGAAGCGUGGAUCAUUCUGUCCAUCAUUGCUAACAAGAUGAAGUCGAGGAAUCCGGAUGUUGUGAUCAAAACGAUGAAUGAGAUUCUGCAGGCUGAUGUGUACAACUCACCAAUCUGCCUGCAGUACAUUCUGUGUGUGAUCAAAGCAUGGCUGGAGGACUUCACCCACGCCGGGCUGAACCACCUGUUCAAGAUCCUAAGCGAUCUGCUCCGAACGGGCAGCACUACCAUCUCGCUGGUCAGCGAUGUGUACAGCCUGUGCUGUGCCAUCAAGGAAAAGUCCGACGGAACGGUGGACGAGACCUGGAUCCGUAGCAUUCGGGACAGCACGGCGGAGUACCUGUUGCACUACCACUCGCACUACACCAGUUUCCACAUGUCGAAUGAGCGGUAUCUGAUCAGUUUGCUGGUGUACGCCGAAACCAGUACGGAUUUGAACGAUAAACCCAACGAGCGCAUCAUGACCAUCCUGCUGCACUACCUGAAACGGGUGGCCGAAGAUGAAAAGCUUAUUAGUCUUCAAACGGAUCAGAACAGGAAAAUCUGCGUUACGAUAGUCGUCUUGUCUAGGUUCGGUCUGAGGGACGGAUCGCUAGCAUCCACGAUCAUAGCCGACUUCAACAAGAUCCUCAAAUUCAAAAACAUCCACGAGAGUAUCAUCUGUACGCUGAUAACUUCGUUUUCGGAUCUUUGCAAAAGGCAUACCUCCCUGGUAGAUUCCUCGAUCAAAACCGUCAUACUGCAGCUAAGUUCCAGCUAUAUGACAGUUCGCAGCGUGGCGUUGAACAACCUGAACGAACUGAUCCUUCAGGACUACGUCAAAAUGCGCGGCCGUGUGCUGCUCAACAUCCUCAAACUAAUUGUCGACGAAAACUGCCAGAUCGCGGCACAGGCUCUCUACGUCAUUCAGCUGUACGUUCACUCGAAGAACGAAAAGCUGCUCAAGGUGUCCCUGCUGGAGUGUGUCUACGUGUUCAACAACUAUCUGCAGCACGCGGAGAGUGACAUGUUUCCGGCGUCCGAAGUAGACAACGAGCCGUGCGAUUUGGCCGGCAAUGAACCAGAGGCCUUCAGCAAACGUAAUUUGAUUUACGACUUCUUCGUCGAUAACAUCGACGAUCUGAGUUUGCUGAAGUUGCUGAAGAACGUCAACAAGAUCAACGCGCAGCUGAGUCAGCAAAAGUAUGUCGAAUGUCACGCCGGAGCAGGGACGUUGAUCGAUCUGCUGUAUGUCUUCACGAAGAUGGUGCUGGUGAAGGAUCGGGACAAGGCGCGACUGGCCAAGGCCGCUGCUUCCGCGGCCAACGACGAAGAUGCCCCGCCCGUACCGAUAGAAGAAGGUCCAUCACCAACGAAGAAAUCGCGAGUUAAAAUGGCUCUCCAGCAGAGUGAACAAGAGAUGGUAACCAUCGUGGAGAAGAUGAUCGCCGUGUAUCACGGAUUCGAGCAACAAGUGCGUAGUUACAUUGCUAGGGUAGAUCCUGCCUUGGAUAAAAUUGCCGAAGAGCGAUUGCAUGAAUUAGCUCUGGCGAUGGCAAGGAAGUUCCGUAGCUUGGUGGAGUUUGCUAAGCCGAUGGAAUUUUGGCGUGGGAUGAUAAGGACGGUCGAUUCAUUGGAUCAUCGGGAAGGUCCUUCGCCGCGUAAAGGUAAGCGAAAGAAGAAAGCUCGCGGAAAGGAUAAUUCCGAGAGCGACGAAGACGACGAGGAAGAUGAAAUGGGUGACGAUGAGGAUGAAAUGAAUGAUUGAUAGUAA